AUGCCGUCUGCUCAGAAGCCCAAAAGGGAGAAAAGUGAUGGGAAUGAGGAUGAUUGCACUGAACAGUCCUCCUUAAAUGAAAGUUCUUCAGGAUUCAGUCCUUCUCAAUCCUUCAAACUGAGGAUCAAAAUAGGAAACAAGACCAUUGGAACUAAAAGCUGCCCUUUGACAUUUGGUAAGAAUGAGCAAGAAGAAGAGAACAUUCUAGACGAUGGAGACAACUACAAUGAUGCCAUGUGCGAACCACAGUUUAUUGAGGAAGAAGUUGUCGAUGAUGAAAUUGUGGUGGAUAAUGAUGUAAACCACAACGACAACAGCUAUGGUGAGGUAGUUUUAGACGACAUUCAAUACAUGGAUGAUAUGUACGACAACUACACUGGCAACUACGAAGAAGUUUUGGACGACGAUUACGAUGAUGACGCUGAUGACGACAUCAACAACGUCAACAACAGCAACAAAUAUGAGUCAUCAGAUGAGGAAAGAAAAUGGCUAGACGCCCUUGAGUUAGGUCAGCUGGACGACAAUGGAGAGGUCAAAAGGUCAGAUAAGAAUAUGAAGGUGUUAACUGCCAGACAGAAAACAGCAACACACCCAAACAUACUUUCAAAAACUGACAAAGGCAACAAUCCCAAAAAUUUAUAUUCUCACAGUUAUCAUCCUUACCUGCUCAUUAAAAUGUUUGUGUGA